AUGAAGCUUCCCCAAAAUGUCUCCCUCGUCGCAUGCUUGGCCGAGUUUGUCGGCAUGGCGCUGUUCGUGAUGAUCGGGUGUGGCAGCGCCAUGGGCAUCAAGGGCUCCGACAGCACGGGCUCCAUGAUUCCUGGCUGGGUUCUCAUGGUGGCCUUGGUAUUCGGCCUGUCCAUCACUACCUUGGCAUACUCCAUCGGGCAUUACAGCGGCGGUCACCUCAACUGCGCCGUGACCCUCGGCCUGGUCCUCACUGGGAACUGUGGGCUGCUGCAGGGAAUUUGCAACGUCGCCUCCCAAAUGUUGGGCUCUGUCCUUGGCGCGGCCAUCUUGUGCGCUAUUUUCCCGCCUGAGUUGGACAUGACAACAACCUUGGGGGCUAACAGCGUGGGUCCGAAGUGGUACUGGUGGAAUGCCUUGAUCGGCGAGAUCAUGGGCACCUUCCUGCUGGUCUUCGUGGUCCACCAAACGGCUUGCAAUCCAAAGUCGGCCAUGAAUCGCAGUCAGGCCUGCAUCGCCAUCGGCAUCGCCGUCUUCAUGGCCCACUGUGUCCUGAUCCCCAUCGACGGCUGCUCCAUCAACCCCACGCGCUCCUUCGGCCCAGCCCUCCUGGCCCUCAGCCGUGCCAGCCGUGCCAGCCCUGCUGAUGAGGGGCCGGGCUACUGGCGCAGCAUGUGGAUCUUCUGGGUCGGCCCGCUCUUGGGCGCCUGCCUGGCCGCGGGAGUCUACAAGCUGAUGCUGCAGCUGGAAACGGCAGGAAGGGAGGCAGCAAAGGAGGCAACGGAGAUGCCUGAAGAAGACUCGGAGGAGGCAGCGGAGAUGCCUGAAAAAGACUCGGAUCCUGAGGUCGCUCUGCCUACGAGGCUAUGA